GCAGGGUGCCAACCCACCGCAGAGGCGCUAUAUAUGGCUGUUCAAGGUGGUCCGUUCCCAUCACCAACUGCGAUCCCACGUCAGUCCUCCUGGUGCUCCUUUUGCCAACCUUCCGCACUUUUAAAGCGACUUAGAGAUGCACUCUGCUGGUUGAUAUAGCGCCAAGACGCGCGCUAACCAGAUUUACGACCCUUGUUUUCACUCGAUUGGUGCUACACUCGUCAUAAAUGGUCGAUUCGUUCUAGAUUUUUUUUUUUAUUUUAUAAUUUUUUUUUUGGCGGUGUCUUUUAAGAGUCGCCCGGCCGCUUGUUCCGCGCAUGCGCCUUGCGCACUCCGCUUUCCCAUCAUGGCGGCGAGAGGCCAUGUGCAGGAUCCUAACGACAGGAGACUCCGACCCAUUUACGACUACCUGGACAAUGGCAAUAAUAAAAUGGCAAUCCAGCAGGCAGACAAACUGCUUAAGAAGCACAAGGACCUGCACUGUGCUAAGGUGCUGAAAGCGAUUGGUUUACAACGCACUGGCAAACAGGAUGAGGCCUUUGCUCUGGCUCAAGAGGUGACCUCCCUCGAGCCCACUGAUGACAAUUCUCUGCAGGCACUGACCAUCUUGUACCGGGAGAUGCACAGGC